UAUUGGAAUUAUUAUUGUCGUAUGAAUUAUAGUGAAAGUUGUGGACAUUAUUUAUUUCUCGAGAAUAUUUUCAGUUAAUUUUCCACGAUGGCAUCAUCCCUCGAAAAUUUGGAAACUCAAUUAGAAAUGUUCAUAGAAAAUGUUCGUCAAAUUCACAUAAUAGUCAGUGAUUUUCAACCUCAGAGUCAGAAUGUGUUGAAUCAAAAGUUACAAGCACUUGUUAGUGGUUUGCAGGAAGUUGAUAAGCUAAAAUCACAAGUGAAAGAUGUUCAUGUUCCUCUAGAGGUGUUUGACUAUAUCGAUCAAGGAAGGAACCCUCAGCUAUAUACUAAGGAUUGUAUUGAAAAAGCACUGGCUAAAAAUGAACAAGUAAAAGGAAAAAUUGAUGCCUACAGAAAAUUCAAAGCUAACAUGUUGCUCGAGUUGACAAGGACAUUUCCUAAUGAUCUCAAUAAAUACAGAGCUUUUAGGGGAGGCGAAUGAUGACUUAUUUCAUGUUCAUACCUGUGAAAAUUAUUUUAGAAUGAUUAAUUCAAACAAUAUUAUGUACAAAAUAUUAAUAUUAAAAAAUAAUUAAGUA